UCGUAAAAUACCGGGAGGCGACACGAGAUGCACAACCGCGUCGGAUGAUUGCCUCAGCUCGGGCACGAGUGCUGAGACCUCACGCGCUGCAUGGCGAGGGACUUCCCAUGAGGUCAAAGCGGCGCAGGUCAUGCAAAAGGACGCGUUCGCUGUUUGGUCCAAAAAAUUUGAAAACUCAAUAAAAUUAUCCUGCACACAACGAAUCCAGUGUCAGCAGUUCGUUUUGUUUUUCUAAGUAAUAAUACUUUGUGCCUUGGCCUUCGAAGUAAAGGAUGAUGGAGCUUGACAGAGAUGACUGCCAAAGUGAUGAGUCCACCGUGGAAGAUGUAGAUGACGCCACGUAUUCACUUGGUGACCUGAGUUGUGGGGAUGUUCAGCUGUGGGCUACAGAUCGAUGUAAGAGUGGUAGUGCCAUCAUGGUGUACAGGCCUAUGGAAGGUGCAGUGAUCCAUGGAAUUUGCAAACUGCUGACAAUGAGACAGGCGAGUGUUACUGAGGCGACGGAGUCAUUCCUGCAUGUUAUUAUGACACGGUUACACAAGGCAUCAGGUACUGCAAAUCUGCUACGCCAGGAAGUGUGCCAGCUGAAGGCAUGCAAGGGUGCUGAUAUUUCGCAAGCAUGGCAACAAAUGCUGUCCGUCAUCGCAACAGCUAUUCCCGAAGUGAAAAUCAAUUGUGAAGAUUUGGAAGUUACAUCUGCAGUGCUAGCGAAUCUGAUAAGCUACCUGCAUGCUACGGCUGCCGCUGCUAUCAGGAAAGCGUCAAUAGCACCAUCCAAAGCUGCUGAAGCCAUCCCCGAACCGGUGAUUGACAAUUUGUCUCACCUUGCUGAAAAGUACCAUGGUGGUUGGUGCUUGGUGGCCGUGCGGCGUGAGCUGGAAGGAGCAAGGUGUCGCAACGACAACUUGCUGCAGCUUAUACCUUUAUUUGGCAAGGAUGCCGUGACAAGCCUUCAGCCUUGUUUGGAGAAUUCAGGUGGCCCGGCGUGGCUCGGAAGCUCUGUAUAAGACACCAUACGUCACAGAUAAAAACAACUGAACCAGUGAUA